AUGUGUCAGUCUGAAGUCCCAGAGGCCAGACUUGGCCUGAACAGUCCUGACCCGCUGGUGAGAGAGGCAUAUCUGAUGGCCCAUGACUACAUAGACUAUGUGACCAUGGGCGGGGCAGAGGGCACCAUGGCUCCUGCCCCUUCAGUCUGCACUGCGGCCCUGCGCCACGCUGGCGACGAGCUCCUCAUCCGCUUCCCAAUCUUCUUCAGGCGCUGGCCCCGUGUCUUCCAGGAUGUGACCAAGAGCACGGCCUGCCCCACACUCCUGAACAUCUUGGAUGAGCACUUCUUCCACAGCACCCCCGGGGGGCGCCGCAGGGACCUGGCCUGGAGCGCGGUGCUCUCAGUGUAUGUGCUGGCCGGCCAGAUGGCCUUGCACUGCCAUGAGAGGGGCAUGGUGGCCGUGCUGCCCCAGCUGAAGGAGCACGUGGGAGCCUAUGUGGAGAGGGUCAUCUGCCCUGAGAUUCGAGACAAGGGGGGAUGGAGUGGUUUUGUGUCACGCUUUGGAAAAAAACAAGACUUGGAGGGCCAAUUGAAGAAACUGUGUUGUUGGACACUGCUGUUGCUGGCCACAGGCAUCCUCACUUACCUCUCAUGGAAAAGAUGGAAAACAAUGGCUUGAUCAACACUACCACCUAGUGACGAGAUGUGGAACAACUCCA